CUGCCUGCCUGCCUGCCUGGCCCUGGUCAAUAACAGCAGCCCAAAAGGCAUAGCGUCUACUGCACUCCAUGCCGCAGCGAGCACGCAGUAAAAAAGGCCAAAUAUUUGUGCACAGAAGCGAAAUGCCGUUGCAUAGUCUAACCCAAUCUGUACACUGACCCCUCUCCUCGUUUGGCCUAUGACUGCACGCCUUGCAGAAUGCUGCUCUCCACGGAGCCUAUAGCUGGCCCCAGACCAUAAACCUGUACAGUCUCCAUCUAUAGUGCGAGUGCUGUAGACACACCCACUCCUCUGUCAGUGCCACUGCUACUGCCAGUUGCUGGCUGCCACUCCGCACACCACUGUCUCAACUCUGCCUCCCGCUUCCUCACCUUUCUUCCUCUUCUUCCGCUUCUACGGCCUCUGUUUUGUUUUUUUCCCUUUCUUCCCACCCUCAUCCUCGUCCCCUACUCCCCGUUUCGUUCUUUUGCUCACCCCUUCUCGAUUCCCUUUGUCCUCCUUUUUUAACCACGCCCCUCCCCCGGGCUUUCACCUCAACUCACCGCGAGACCCAAGAUAUUUCCUACCUAGCAGCACAUACGCCUCACCUCGACCCCUUUAGCUAGUUCUUGACAGUCCGACAGUCCGUACUCUUUAGAGAAGACACCUUUUGUCUUAACUAGGUAGUGGAAUCAGACCAGCUAUCCAAACCGGCCACCACCACGCGACCCGCCAGGCGACCCUCAGCGUCAAGCUAGACCGUUUCCCUCGUGCGUGUUCAGGUAGACGGGGCUCGUUUUGUUUUCUUCUUUUCUUCGUCCUAGUCACUACACUGGCCCCUUAUUGCGUCCCUUUGCAAAUUCAAACUCGUUUCUUUUGUCACGUCGUUUCCUCGCCGAUACCAAAGAUCGGUUGACUUCUUACAUCGCCAAUCUGCAAUCUCAACUUGCAGCAACCCCCUUGGAAUCUCUUUACUCUCGGCGCAUAUAUAUGCUCGAUCCGUCUCUUUCCUGCAAGACAACCUUGCAAAUCUUUCACAUUUCCUCGACCCGGUUAUUUCUAAUUUGAGAUUGAGACUCUCAGGGCUGCAGCUGUUCUAGCACACCCUUUUGUCUUUUUAGUAGCACCGCCGUCGAUACUGCCGCCAAGUUGUCUACACGUGCAAACCACAGAAAAAUACUCGCGUAUGAAUUGAGGUCGACUCGUCCAAGUCGUCUUAUUCCCAAUUCAGGCACGACUAAGCUUUCUAGAGCUAGUGGCUUUGCAAGGGGAAACGCAGCAUCCGAAGCAACCCUGACGACCCCAUCUGCUCCAUCGACCCUAUCCCCGAAAUCGACCACCCUGCCAAACCUUUUGGUCGUUUCAGGUCGCCUUUUGCCUCAUUAAACCUAGAGAAACCCCAUUAUUGAAAGCAAUGGUCGAAUGAGCUUCAUCCCACCUUUGUCCUCCAUUCUCGCUACCACCCAACAAGCCUCGCCCACGUUUCGACACAAGCGCAGGCGCUCCGCGCAGCCCAACUACUGGUUAAAAUAGGGUCCAGCUUAAAGGAAUAUACGGCAGCCUCGAGGCCAGCCCAUGAGCAACCAACCACACCACCAGACUCUUUUGAUUCGGCUUCUCGGCUAGAUCGAUAUUCAUACUCUUCGUCUGAGUCAGCUCGAAUACCUAGAAGUUAUAGUUACGGAGGAGAGACUAUGGCAAACACCCAUGCUCGAGGGUUGCCCCCUCCAGCUGCCCUGGCACUAUCACAGCAACAACCUCCCCCUCCAAUGGCACAAGCACCACACCCUCAACCAGUCAAUCACCCACACCAUGGUCAACCUGCGCCACCAAUGCCACCACCAGCUCAUAGUCAUCAUCAGAGAGAUUCUUGGGGCUCGUCGUCGCUUCCUCCACCGCCACAGUCUGCCCAACACUCUCCCCACUGGCAAGGCGGGGAUGAGUCUAUGCGCACUUGGCUUGUUGCAAAGACGGAAGAAGAAAAGACAAAGCAGGAAGAGGAAAAGACACGCCAAGAGAGCCUACGACUUGAGCAACGAAAAAUAGAAAUGGAUAUACUGAGGGCUUCUCUGGGUGGGGGUAUCCCACCUCCCAUGGUGCCAUUGGUCUUUGCAGGCAUGGGAGGAGGAGUUCUACCUCAAGCAGCGAUCGACUGGGCACAGUCACUUUUACCACCUCAGCAGGGACAUCCCCCACAACUGUUACCAGCUCAACGCGCGGCGUCUCCAGAGCCAUUGAGGGACGGUGUUCAACCUGGGCAAUAUCAUGCUUCACAAGCUGUUGUGAGCUCUGGCCCACAGCCACAGCCAACAGGAUACGCAUCAUAUCCGGAUGCUCAAGGCAGACCGCGGGGUCAGACCGUUUCUGGAGCUAUAACCCACUCUGCCAGUAGCGGAACUGUUGUGUCCGGUUCAUCUAGCCACGGCGCAUCUGGGACGUAUCAACCUCAGCGUAGCGUAUUGCAGGCACCUUCUAAUGAGAGCAACUCGUCUAUUUAUUUCCACCAUUGGCAACCCCCUGGGUCGCUAACUGGCGGGAGCAGCUCCAAUAGACCAGCAACACCUUCUGGCGAGUCUCAAAAGAAGCGCAAAGUGGCAGGAGAUGGAUAUCAACAUAGCCGAGCAUCCAGCACUCAUCGAUCUAGAUCCCCGCCAAACCUCAGCCAGCAAGAAUAUGCCAAUAACCCGCCAAACAAUCCGCCCAGUAGUCAACAGGGAAAUCGCCGCGGUCACAAGCGCCACAAAAGUGACGUGACCUGGUAUCAAGCACCAAGACACGGGUUCAGUGCCAGUGGCGACUCAACACAUCGACCUGGCACUCCUGUCCAAGACAACUCGUCCGUCUCAUCCCGGGACCGUGAUGUGCAAGACGACCGUAAACAGCCCCCUUCAUAUCGGCUAUCGAGGGAACGCGAAGAGGAACCUCGCUCUGCAAUCGAGCCGCGAGGUGGGAUGCCGUCAAGAAUAAUUGAAACCCCCUUUGACCAUCGCAGUCGCCGAGAGCGGUCUGUGGAGAUGGCGCGGCGUCGAAUUCCAGAAGAACGAUGAUGGCAGCAAACUCUGCUGCCCAGCGUGAUUUGAUUUAUAACCUUUAUUUUCCGUUUGCAACAAGCGAUGACAGACACGACGUCAACGAACACUAUACAUCUCCUAUGUUUACGCAUAUUAUUCGAACAGUUUACGAAUUAUGAACGCUCAUUCUGAGAUUCACUAUGCAACUUUUUUAUCUUUUCUCAUUUUCUGUAUCAUGUACGGUCUAGUCCAAGUCCUUUUCUGUUUGCUUAAUUACGAUGUACUUUGUUGUUAUGGACUGGGCCGAGGUUUUGCUUUAUCUAUUUCGUACUGUGAAGGGCGACUCCUGAGAUUGAAGGAUGCCCCCCAUUGGCCACGGUGUUCUCACGUUGCUUUUGUGAUAUUAUACAAGUUAGAUAGUAUUUAGAGAGUAAAUGAUUCGAUUGAUUUCAUGAUGCUUAACUUUGAAUAGCGAGCGUGCUGUCAUAUUUAAUUCCCAAACUUUGUGUGCUGCAUAAGCUCCAACCGCAACCGAUUUUGCGUCUUUUAUAUAUCACGAAAGGCAGUGAAUGUGACAAAUAAACUUUGUGUGUAUUAAACCAAUUAGCUAGCAGCACUGAUAAUUCAGGUUGCUUUCUUUAUCAUGCAGUAAAAAAAGACAAAGGAACGGCACACGCCAUAAUGGCACAUGCAUAACAAUGAAAGACAGUAACUAUGUAGUCGGUAUCCUGCGACUACUCAUAGAUAAGGAAUGGGGUAUAAAAAGACAAAAACAAACAAGAAGCCGAUUUUACAAUGAAAAGGGCGUGGUAUUAGGAUACCAAAUCUUGGUCCUCCUUCAUCAUGUCAUCUAUUCGUAUGUAAUAAUGUAGAACGAAAAAAAGAGUAAGUGCAUGCGUGUAAGGAUAGGUGGUAUUGGAAAACAGAAAUAUGCAAGAGGCGAAACGGCAUUCGAGAGUGACGGGAAGGGGCUGGGCUUGUAAAACUUUUGUCGAGUAUGCUUGAAGAAUUGAGAGAAGCACGGAGGCUUAGGAGUUGCGUUGAUUGUGCAGAAGCAUUAUGAUUGGCGAAUGAGGACGCGAUGGGCACAAGAAAUGCUCAAAAUCGUUUCUUGCUGUGAUGGGCUUUCCACUCUGCUUUGGUGACUUUCAUCAGCAGAUCCUCGUCCUUGACGGGGAUCGGCGAUGUCAAGGCCUUGAGAGCGUUUUCGAAGUCCGAGUCGAGCAAGACCUCGCGCAGGGCUUGGAUCAGAGCGGCGCUUGUGGCGUGGAGGACGUCCAGGGCGGGAUCGACACUCAUUUUGGGAUCAGAGGCUGGCGUUGGGGGUUUUGCCAGGGUUCCUUCUCCAAGGAGGAAGACGUCCCAGACGCGGAGUUGCGCUGGAAAGGGAAGCGAGAGGUUGAAGAGAGUCAAGUACCAUCUUGUGCCAUAGGCUGUCGUGUCUAGUCCAAGCUGACUGAGUCGGUUGCCCACUUCCUUGUUGAGCCAUGAGGCAUCAAACGCAUGAAGUACGGCCAUCAGCCCGUCCAAGCCAGCAUCUCCAGGGAGAUACAGCUUUUGAAGGCCUCGCAGCUGCCACAUGCGCACCAGCAUGACGAAACACUUCUCUUCCUCAAAGUAGCAGAGUAGCGUAGCGGCAAGCGAAGCCAUGCCUUGGACAUAGCCCGUAUCUGGGAAGUGUAUAGAGAGGGCAUGGAGGACGCGAAAGAGUAGGCGUUGGCCACCACUGUACCGUUUUCGGAACAUGACGUGCCGGCCAACUGUCCUAGGAACAUCCAGGUCAAUCUGACUGUCGUCUGGAGACCAUCGAUUCUGGAGGCGGUGGAACUCUGUAAUCAGUUCCUGCGAUGACUGGGCAUCUUUCGACUCCUUUGCUGCUGAUUCUAGAAAGGCCCACCAGGCGGUAGCCCGCCAGCGGUCAGGGAUGCCUUUCCAAGUUCUUUCAAUGAGCUUUGGGUUCUUCACGUCAAACUCGAACUCCAUGCCUUGGCCUUCGUCGCCUUUGGGGAUUACCUUGGCCAUCUUGCGCCACUUCUCUGCGCGUUCCACCUCCUUACGCUUGAUCGCCUCCGAGAUCUUUUCCACAUGCGCCUCUUCCACAUCGUCUUGCAAGUUGGGCGCUACGGUGAGCAUGUCACCGGCCUCGUCCAUCCAGCGACGACUGCGGUUGUGAGGGAACAUGUUGCCGGCUUGUCGGAGAACAGAGCGCGACGAGCGAAAAGAGACUACUGAUGCGUGGGAGUGCUGGGUAUUCAGAGAGCGAGCGGAUACUUUCCUGCUAGGCAUUCGCCUUGCGCCUUGGCCGCUUGUAAAGCCCAUGGGAUCUCUUUUUUGGAGCACGUUUCGCCUUCUAGGGGAAAACUGCGCCGACUUGAGCUCGGUCGGAGUGCCGGCGCGGGAGCGGAUGCGCGGCACAGUAAUAAAGCCAUAGCGGUCUAUCAAGGCAUUAUCAACGUCUUCCCAGUCCUCAAGGCCGUCGCCCGGCCCGGUUUCACUCUUCGCGGUAUCGUGGUGAUGGGAUGAGGAGCCGGCGGAUCUUGGAAUACACAGCUCGGGAACGGGAGCGAGAGCGGGAAGGCCUUCGUUUCUUCUGCAGAGGAGGCAAAGCAGUGUUAGCAGACAUGUCGGUGCAAGCAUGACUAGUAGGCGGCUGCCGUUGGGAGGGCCGGUUCAAAGAGGAGUUAUCAUACGGGACAUGGUCUUCAUCUUCUGCGAGGACUUCUGGUGUGGAGUCCAAGUGAUCGCAGAAGGAGUGUCUUGCGCCGUCUUCCCAACUGAUGGCAUCGCCCGCUUCAUAGAGCGAUCUCACCUUUUGAGACUCUAGCUCGGCGUCGGUUGUCGGGACGCGAGCGUCGGGGGCGGGGGGAGCAGCAGGGUUGCCGCGCGCAGUAACUACUGGGUGGAGGGCACUCGAGGCGUCGUCCUGGGAGAGGGAGUUGACGUCGGAGCCAGCCGAUGUAGUAGUCUGCGUGGGUGUUGUGUAUGUGUAGGACUCGUCGUCGUAGACUUGCGCCUGAGCACUGCUGCUGUCAAAGGGGGCGAUGCCACUGGCGAGAUGCGGAUUGAGGCCCAUGGCGCCGCCAAAUCCCAUAAUACUGCCUCGCUGGGAAAAGUUUAGGUUUGUGAACAAGUCGUCAUCGACAAAGUUCUGGCUGGGGAUAGAAAUGCCGAGGGGAGAGAAAGAAGGAUAGUCAGGGGCGUCGACGUCGCUGGAGGCGUUGUUGUUAAAGGAGUAAGCUGUUGGCCACAUGGAGGGUUGGCGGAGUGGCUUAGUGGCUGGGGCGUUGGGCGAGCCCCGCUCCACGGUCGGCAUGGUCUGGAAGUAGGGCAUUGGGGGCGACGAGUGUCUCCAAAACGAGCCACGGCUGCCAGCAGACGAAGACGACGAUCUCUUGAUGAGCUUGUUGCGGCGGGCAGAGGAGUUUUGACGAGCAAGAGAAGGGGACGGGGACGGGGUAGAGGGGAGAAAGGACGAGUUUUGAGCAAAAGUCGCAGCGCGGCUGGGCGUAGUGGGCGACGUUGGCUCGGACGGCGGCGGCGAAGCAAGACCAGUGCUGGUCAUAUUAGUAGCGACAAGCUCGAGCUCUGCAUCAGGCUGCGCUUGGGUGUCGUUGGAUGGACGCUCGACGAGUUGCGAACUGGCCUCGUUGGCGCUCUUAUGACAAGCAUCUGGCAUAGUGACAUCGCCCUCUGUGUCGCAGCCUGCAACGCUGACAAUGUCAUCGCAACUCUCCUCUGGGAUGCUUGACGAAGAAGACGAUGUGUUUGCCCCGUGGCCCGAAUCUCGGUUGCGCCCGCGAACCUCGACCGCCUCUGUUCGCAGCGCAGGGUGCACUUCAACUGGGGGCUCGAGGAACGCUCCGCGCGGCGGCACCACCACGACGGGUGUGUGAAGCGAGGCGUACGAGGUUGACCGAGAGAGCGUGCGCGCUGGGCGUCUGACUGAGGCGCUUCGUGAAAUAAUGGGAAUGGGCGGCUGGGCUGCAGUCGUCUUUUCAUAGCGCAGCCCAACGAGGCUGGUGUCGUCUCUGAAGUGUGCUUUGCGGACGGCAGGGGACACUGCUUGCCUCACAGAGGCGGACCUUGACGGAGGCAUUUCUUUGGUAGUCUAAUGAAUAAAAAUGAAAGGUUUGGUUUUGAGGCGUUUGUCGCACGCUUGCUGUAUAAGUUGCCGUGUGUUUCUGAGGCUGUUGCUGGAAUCGAUGCCCGUAAAAGAAUGGAUACAAAGCCGAGUAAAUCAAUGUGUAACAAAAGGAAGAAUGAGAGGAUAAAUAUAAAUGAGACUCUUAAGAAUGGAGUCUGGUGGAGGGUAUCAAGCGCAUAUAAACCAAGCGAACUUGCACUGAUGCUCGGGUUGCAGCAUAGACAGCCAGCGAAUUGGCGAUGAGCUGGAGGCUUGGGAGAUCAAGGAUGUUUGCCGGAGGAGUAGCGCUCGCGCGAUGUAGAUGUACGGCAACCUGGGGACUUUAUAACCCCAAAAGGAAAAUUGCAAGGGCAAUAUUCCGAGAAAGGGAAUGACCAGUUUGGGGAAGCGAGCAAAUCAAUGCGGGUGCUUGCUUGCGAAAAAGGCAGCAAAAAAAGAAACAACCUGGUGAAGGGGGAACUUGUGAGUGGUUGAUGUAUGAGAUUGGUGGUGUCCGUGUGGGACGGGAUAUCGAAGAGAGCGAGAUUGAUUUGGGGAAAAAGAAAGGAAAG